UAUCUCUAUUUUUUAUUAUUAACAGCCUUUGCAGCACACAAGCCAGUCUGUCCAGCCCCGAGCAGCUUACACCCAAGUCACAGUCGUGACAGAACUACAGUAUACUUUACGUAGAAACAGUACCGGUGAUUCUUGAAGGAACUUAGAAUGAUACGUUCUCAAUAUCGUUUAAUAUCUAGUUUCCAUCUGUUCGUUGGCUUAUGAGUGAUUAUCCCCGGAUGAUAUUCAACCAUACACUUGAAGACGAUCGAGGUUAUAUAACAAACAUCACACAAUUAAGAUGAAAUCCUCGGCUUUUGCUGCCUUUAUAACCUGUUUGAUUUGUGCAGUGCGUUGUGGUGUAGUUUUUGAUAAGCUAAAAAAAGUGCGAUGUGACCUUCAUCAAGUUGGGGAAUCAAUACUCUCUCAUGGGCACCUUAUCAAUGAUCCAUGCCCACAUAAACAGGUUACCGAUUAUAAUGGCGAGAAGAAUGAAAACUAUGAGAAUAAUGAGAACAGUGGUAAACAUGAAGACAACGAGAAAAACGGAAACUAUGGUCAAAAUCAGCAUGAAAUCAGCACUAAGACGUCCAACAAUAAGCACACUUCCACAACUGAAGACGUAAAGUAUGAGCAAUAUAUUCAUGGGACUGCUACUGAGAAGCUACCAGGAUCAUCUACAGAGAAGAAUAAACAUGGUUCACAUGAUCAAAAAGGUUCUGAUUCAAAACCCGUACAUGAGAAGACAGUACACGAGGCAUCCACAGAAGCUGUUAAGCAUAAACUUCACGGAAACAACGCUGAUGGUACUUAUCAAAAAAGUAGUGACGAUAACGGAUAUUCGAAGAAGAAUAUUGACAUGGAUGGAGUACACUCUGGUGCUAUACUUUUUCCAGAAGAAACAGAAAGCGACGCCGAUGACAUUAAUGACAGACAUCUAAAAGGAGACACGGAAAGUGAUUAUCACCCCAAAUCUACUACAAUGGCAAACGUUCUAACUACCACAACACCGGACAACUUGGAGGACCCACUCAAUAGAAACCUUGGAAAAGUAAAACCAAACUGUGCUGUUGUAGAUAAGAAUAAGAAUUGUAUUCAAGACUACAGUUAAGCUACAUUAUUGCGUCUCACUGGUACUAUACCACUGGUUACGCCUCUCAAGUAUUUUCUUCAAAUAAUACUAAAAAUACGAAGUAAAUUAUGGAUGUUAUAUUUUAUUUACUACUGAUUAAUAUAUUAUGCCUGGAAAUAUCCUAAUGCAAAGCAGUGCCUGCGCGGAAAUAAGCAGCUUCCUAUAGCUUGACAACAAUGCUGUUUAUGGGUUGUUUAUUAUUGGACUGAGUUAACGAGAUAGUCUCAUUAGCUUCGUACUCAUAACCGAAGGUGGUCUGUGUUUUUCGUUCUGAAAGAUUACUCCUUGAUCAGAAAUUCUCUAUAUUGCCAACAAUAAAAUACACUUGGUCACUUUCUAGUUUUAACGAUAUUUUGAUAUUAAUAAUACUUAUUAGUUUAAUGAUUUUAGCAAAUUUCUCCGAAAUAAUUGUAAUGUCUGGUAUUAUUGAUGAAAGCUUUUUAAGGGGGUGUUUGAAACAUGGACGCGUAAAACCUGCUCACCAAUUUUUGUGGAAAAACUUUUUAUUCGACAACAAAGAAUGAGAAGACGCUUUUUUGGGAUUCAUUCGAAAGUGUUGGCAGGAACCAAAAAACUCUUAAAGAUUCUUAGGUAUUUAUGAGACCUAUAGAAUGAGACUACACGUAAAACGAUCCGACUAAUGGUAAAAAGGUUAUGGCCGAAAACCGAGGCAAAAUUUAGGUUUUGGCUGCUAAUGCGAUGAUAAUUUCACGCAGCUACUUGAAAUUUUUCGAAUCUAUACUUCUACUACUACUUAAGUAUUGUUCUGACAUCGGAUAUGUUAAUACAGCCUUGAAAUUUUAGGAGUAGGUUAGAAAUAAAUAACUCCUUUCAUACGUCAGGACGCAAUUUCAAAAAAAGUUUAUUUAAGAAAAAUAUCCAUUUACGAACUUAACAAAAAUGUAGUUAUCUCAUUAGUUACCUUUAAACUAAACACAGAAACGAGAAUUUCAGUUUUUUGACAUAGCUAAUUAAAAAAAAAAAACAUAAAAACAUUUAUAAGUACGAAAUAAUCGUCGUCGUCAGAAGACACUAAAUCUGGAUGUGUUUCUUUAUCACAGUUGGUGAGCAAAUUUUUGUAAAAGCCCCAAAACACGUCGAAAAUGUAGGGUAAUAGUGUUAUCACGUUCGACUUUUUCUUUUCCGAAAUCGAAACUGUACCUGCAUCCUGUCAGUCUUGAGCUAAACUGGGCAGGGCCCCGGGUAUCAUGUAAAAAAUCUAUAAAACGUCAAAAAAAAAAAGAUGUCAACUUGCAGACUAGGUAGUUUUUAGGGCGCAAACAGUCAUUCCACGUUUGCUC